GGGGAAGCCACGGCAGGAACCGGGUGUCAGAAGAGGCAGCGAGCAGUGAGAUGGAAGUGGAGAAGCCCCCCCAAACUGCUGAGACACCAACACUGCUGAAGACGUACCGAUGGCGAACGGCAGCACCCGUGGGCGAGAGGGACCCCGAGCGGUGCAGCGCAUCCCCGGGAGGUCGGCACUGGAGCCGGCUGCAGGGCUGGAAGCAUUCCUACAGCCAACCCGAAUCCGAGAGCCUCGACGAUGGCGUUGGGAAGGGCAGCUCCAACCUGGGGGCACCCAAAGCCAGUGCCCGUCGGUCCCUCUUCCAGCGGGCGUUCUCAGCGCCCUCCAAGAUGGCCAAGGAGCCGCGCAGCCCCGAGGGUGGCAAGGGCACCCUACAGAAGUACCUGCGCUCCAUGUCCAAGAAGAAGGGCCAUGUGGAGAACGGGGCCAGGGCUGAGAAGGGGUCCAAUGAGGGCAUCCCAGCCCCAGAGAGCACCCACGGUGCCCCCUCCAUCCCAAUGCCUCCUCCAGCACCCGAUGUCACAGUGUGGGACGUCUCCAACUUCUCGCUGGUAGACAGACAGCUGGUCCAUGUGGGUCGGGACGAGGAGACUUCGUGCAGGAACAGGAACCGGACCGGGAGCUCCGAGAGCAGCAGCCUGCACCCAGCGGGUGGCAGGAGGGACACCGACCCUGAGGAGAGGAGCGCGAGGACAGCGGGGAAAGGCACCGACAGCGACGGCUCCACCACCUCACAGUUCAGCAAUGUGAAGGGACUGCUGUGGAAGCGGCUGCGGGAGCGGAAAGGUCGCAUUGUGGCCAAAAAUGAGAGCUCAGCAGCGGUCGGCACAGAUGGAGAAAGGGCCCCGAGCCGCAGCGGUUCCCACGAAUCCCUGCUGCCAGCGCCCAGCGCAGCCGAGCUGGACCUCAGCGGGGAGAACGUCAUCGUGCGCCCCGUGCACGGCAGCAUCGUGGGCGAGAAAUUCUGCUUCCAGAUCAUCACGGGUGGGCACAGCCGCUCCUUCGGGUGCAGCUCCUUGGCUGAACGCGACCGCUGGAUUGAGAACCUGCGCCGCACGGUGCAGCCCAACAAGGACAACUGCGAGCGCCUGGAGCUGGCCCUGAGCCUGUGGGUGUACGAGGCACGGGAUCUGCCACCCCGCCGCCGCCUCCGGUGCCACCUCCACCUGGACGGCACGCUCUUCGCCCGCACCACCGCCAAAGUGGCCGGUCCCGACGGCGAGCUCUUCUGGGGCGAGCUCUUCCAGCUGGCUGCCCUGCCUCCCUCCCGCGCCCUCACCCUCUCUCUUUGCCGCGAUGAUCAGGGCCACCCCAGCCAGACGGUGGCAUCUGUCACCGUCCCUUUGACCGAGCUGGCGGCUGCCCGGCAGCCCUUGGAGAGGUGGUACCCAUUGAGCGGUCACGGCGGCAACGAACGGGCGCCGGCAGUGCGGGUGCGCGGGCGGUACCGGGAGGUGCGGGUGCUGCCCAUCGUACGCUACAAGGAGUUGGCCGAGUUCAUCACCUUCCACUACCGGGAGCUGUGCGCCCGUCUGGAGCCCACCAUCGCCGUGAGACACAAGGAGGAGCUCGCCGGCGCCUUGGUGCGCGUCCUGCAGAGCACCGGGAAAGCCAAGGAGUUCCUCAUUGACCUCGGCGUGGCCGAGUUGGACCGCUUUGAUGACCGGGAGUCGCUGAUCUUCCGCGAGAACACAUUGGCCACCAAAGCCAUUGAUGAAUACAUGAAGCUGGUGGGGGGCAAAUAUCUCCAGGACACGCUGGGUGAGGCUGUGGCCCAACUCUGCUCCUCGGAUGACAGCUGUGAAGUCGAUCCCAGCAAAUGUGGUGGCCCCGACCUCUCCGACAACCAGAACAACCUGCGGCAGGUCUGCGAGGAGACCCUCCAGCGCAUCGCCACGUCCUGCGACACCUUCCCGGCGGAGCUGGGUGAGAUCUUCGCAGCGUGGCAGGAGGAGUGCGCGGCGCGGGGCAAGGCGGCCAUCGGGCAGCGCUUGGUCUCAGCCUCGCUCUUCCUGCGGUUCCUCUGCCCCGCCAUCAUGUCCCCAAGUCUCUUUGGCCUCGUCCAGGAGUACCCGAGCGAGGCCACCGCCCGUACCCUCACCCUGGUGGCCAAGGUCAUCCAGAACCUGGCCAACUUCACCACGUUUGGUGAGAAGGAGGCCUACAUGGGCUUCAUGAACGAGUUCCUGGAGCAUCACUGGAGCACCAUGACAGCCUUCCUGAGGAGCGUGGCCAGCCCUGAGAGCAGCGGCCAUGUGGCCACCUACGACGGCUAUGUGGACCUGGCCCUGGAGCUUGCCACCCUGCACCUCCUGCUCUGCGAUAUCUUCUCCAGCCUGGACCAGGCCACGCAGGAGGAGCUGGAGCCGCUACCCACCAUCCUCAACGCCAUCAGGGAGGGCACCCCGGUCCCUGUCUCCGUCCAGCUCAGCUCCAUCACGGGGCGAAGCCCGGAGAGCUUCAAGCCGGGCUUCGUGCCGCCGCGGGACCUCAGCAAGCACAGCCCUCUCAUCAAGAGCCAAUCGCUCAUCAGCAUCCGCCGCGUCCGCAGCCGGGAGGAUGGGACGGACGUGGAACCGACACCGGUACCGGUACCGUCACCGCGAUCCAGUCGGGAGCGUAGGAACGUGCAGCGCACUCAGAGCGUCCCGGCACAGAACAAAGCUGCCCGGCGUCUGCGCAAGCAGAGCAGCGUUGAGCACAUGGCAGAACCGAUGGGAAGGGAUGGACCGAGGUCCUCUGUGCACCGCGAGGGCACUGGCCGUUCCAAGCUGCGCCCGUCGGCGUCACUGACACGGAAAUUCACGGUGCCGUGGCAGCGCUACGCUGAGGAGGUGUCAGUGGCACAGGGUGAGCUCUACGCCAUCCGCCCGCUGGAGAAGCAGCACGGGCGGCAGAUCGAGGCGCUGCAGAAGGAGGUGGCUGAAGGCCAGGAGAGGCUGCAGGUGCUGGAGGAGAAGGUGGGUGAGCUGGAAGGCGAGCAGCGUGGGCUGCAGCAGGAGCAGAGCCAGCGCCGAGAGCUGCUGGAGUGCCUGAGGCUGCAGAUGGAGGAGGGCAACGCACGGAUGGCCAACCUGGGUGCCAGGCUGACGGCAGCUGAAGGGACCCGCAAGAAGGACCUGGAGAGGCUGAAGGCCAGCGAGGACCGGGGCAGAGCGAUGGAGAGCCGCUUGGUGGCACUGGAACGGGAGCACAGCGAGCUGCGGGAUGCCAUUGCCCGGCUGCUGGGCCACCCCGGCAGGAUGGGACGGCGGCCACCAGCACAGAGCUGGGACGAGGGUGGGGACGAGGGACAAGCCACCAGUGUGUGACUUCGGAUGUCCCCAAGGUCCUGAUCUCGGUGGGUUUCUGUCCCUCAGCAAUAAACACUGUUGGUGUCACUGUGA